AUGAGAAAUGUCAUCGUUAAGUAUUUAUUCUACGGGUCCAUUAUAUUUGGGAUCUGGGCCGUUCUGUUAUUUAGUUGUUGUCACCAUAGGAAUAUUAACUUUUCAGACUCAGAAUUUCUUCAUGGAAUGUCACGAUAUGGAUUCAAUGUCGUUGUGAGUAGAAGGUUGGGCAAGAGGAGAGAUGUGCCUGAUUCAAGGAAUACGAUGUGUCUUAAAAAACAGUAUCCCAAAUAUCUGCCUACUGCCAGUGUGAUUAUUUGCUUCCGUAAUGAAGAAUUUAAUGCCCUGUUCCGGGUAAUAUCAAGUGUCAUGGACCUCACCCCACACUACAUCCUCGAAGAAAUUAUUUUAGUAGAUGACAAGAGUGAUUUCGAUGAUUUGAAAGAAAAACUGGACUAUCACCUGGAAGUUUUUCGAGGACAUAUUAAAUUUAUAAGAACCAAAAAGAGAGAGGGGCUGAUUCGCGCAAAGAUGAUUGGAGCGGCUCUUGCUUCAGGAGAUGUGCUGGUGUUCCUGGAUAGCCACUGUGAAGUGAAUAGAGGUUGGAUAAAGCCCUUGCUAUUUGCUAUCUCCAAAGACCCUACAAUGGUGGUAUUCCCUGUGGUCGAUAAUAUUGACCAUUUAACCCUGGAGUAUAUCCCCAUCCCUGUCAUGCGAGGAGCCUUUGACUGGACUCUACAAUUUAAGUGGGAUAUAGUCUUCUCCUAUGAGCAGGAGGGGCCCGAGGGACCCACUACACCAAUCAGGUCACCUUCAAUGCCUGGAGGAAUUUUUGCUAUCCAUAAGCAUUAUUUUAAUGAAAUUGGACAAUAUGACAAUGGCAUGUAUCAUUGGGGAGGAGAAAAUUUGGAACUUUCACUAAGGAUCUGGAUGUGUGGAGGCCAACUCUUUAUUAUACCUUGCUCUCGAGUAGGGCAUAUCAGUAGGAUGUAUUUCACAGAUCAUUUUUUAAUGGUAAAAUCCAUGAUAUACAACAAUCUAAGACUUGUGCAUGUUUGGCUGGAUGAAUAUAAGGAGGUGUAUUUCGCACAAAACCCUGGUGUGAAAUCAGUGAGGUAUGGGAACGUUAGUGAACGUGUGGAGUUGAGGAAACGACUGGGCUGCAAGUCCUUCCAGUGGUAUUUGGAGAAUGUCUUCCCAGAGUUAGAAACAGCUGUGGACAACGCAUGA